UUCUUUGAGCGACGAAUAACAUUGACAAUAAUGCAUAAUGCUUAGAGUAUUGUCGAGAGGAUUUUCGAGUCCAACAUGCCUGCUUUGAUUGUCACUACCAAUGCCUUUUUCACAGACGAGGUUCUAAAACAACUGCUGCCACAGCUUUCCAAGAAUGUGGCAGAGGCACUGGGCAAACCAGAACACUACAUGUGCGUUGGUGUUACCAAAGCAACAAUGAUAUUUGGGGGUUCCGAUGAGCCUUGUGCUUUCACAACUCUUUCAUCCAUUGGCAGUAUCAGUCGUAAGUCGAACGAGAAAGUUAGCGCUGUCGUAUGUGACUUGCUACAGAAGUACUUGAAAGUCUCACCUUCUAGAACUUGUAAGUAUCUUAGUUGUUGCAUCUUUUAUUCACUGACUAUGGGGCUUUUCUUUACACUCGAUUCCGUUACAGAUAUUCAAUUUACUGACUCUCCUCCUGAAAACUUUGGACACAAUAGUUCAACCUUUUAAGAGGAGUCAUGUUGGAUAUGCUUCUUGUUUUUAAUAAAGUGUGGUUUUUUUCCAAUUGUUUGGAUUGCAGUCGCGGCCAAACUACGACAAGCAACAUCAGCAAGACUUUUCAAGGAAUGUCAUUAUCCAAGUUUUGCAUAGGUUUCUUUAAACCAGCUUCUAUAAGAGCAGUAGUGACGUUACAGAAUGCUACUUUACAGCGCUUGUUGCACGGACAAUCCUUUCUUAUGGAGGAGGCUUCGGGUGGAACACAAGGAGCUUCUUUGGAUCCAAAGGAAGUUGCGGACAGAGUUCUUUCUGUAGUAAAGAAGUUUGAAAAGGUGGAUCCCUCAAAGGUGACUCCAAACUCUCACUUUGUGAAUGACUUGGGGCUUGAUAGUCUGGACACAGUAGAAUUAGUUAUGGCCUUUGAAGAUGAGUUUGCCAUAGAAAUUCCAGACUCCGAUGCAGACAAGAUUCUAUCAUGUGAAGAUAUGAUCAAGUACAUAAGUUCCCAUCACAAUGCGAAGUAGCUUCCUUUCUAGUACGGCGCAGAACUAUCAUUUCUUUGUGCGUUAUAAUAAUAUUAAAGCCAUAUCGUUGGUUUAUGUGGAAUUUAAACAAUCUUUGAACGAGUUCUAAUAGCGCUUGACACUUCAGCACAUAGAAAACACGAUUAUCUUUGGGUCUUUUCAGUUGUGGAUACUUCACAACAUACCUAUCUUGGAAUAAUGGCUUGUUUGUGUCUUUGUCAACCAUGAAAUGCUCAUAUCUUACUUUUAGCGAUUCAACAAGAAGAUACCAAGCAUACCCAAUUGACCAGUCUUGGUCAAGGUAUAGUCAGUUUUUGAGGUUUCACUCUCAAUGCAGCUUUUUUGUUGGGACUGUGAACAUUUUUUGGUUGUAAGUUUAGCAUAUAUUUCAGUAAACCCGGCUAAAUAACCGGUGAGCGAGCAUUAUGAGUAACAUUCAACUUCACAAUUUUUGACUGAAGACAAUAACAAAGGCUACUUGCAAACUACGAUAUGGAAGAUAUUUUUUAACAGACAAGGCUUGCCCAAACGAAAACAACUCCAAGUAAGUGACCUUCACAUAAAAGUAAGAAAGUCACCAAUGUCUUA